AUGACACCACCCACCUUAUAUCAUAAAAAAGCAAAGGGCCCUUGGAGACCAACUCAAGAAACUCCAGAUUUUACUUUAUGCUUUGAGGAUGGUGCUUUAAUUUUGCCCAUAAACUUAUUGUUUAUAAUUUGCGGUUCCAUCGAAUUAUAUCGAUUAUCAAAAAAUCACAGCAUUACUCCUUAUGAAGAAUUUCAAAAAUGGCAUUAUAUGAAACUGGCAUGCUUAUCAAUGUUGAUCACCUUGAGCCUAGUCUUAUUUGGAAUUUCAAUACUUGAAGUUAAUUUACAUAUUCUAGACAUAAUAGUCUUUUCAUCAUUUAUUAAUGUAUUGGCCAUGGUAAAAUAUUUUAUAAUUAUAAAGGAUUAUCAAUUUUCAAAUCCUGUCUUGAUAAUUUCAUUUGUAUCAACAUUGGUUUUGGCAUUAAUUAUAUUUAUCUUGGAUCUUAUUCCUAGGCCAAGGAGUGAAUAUUUACUCAUUAAUGAAGAUAACCAAAGUUGUCCAGAGUCAAGAUCAAAUAUUUAUUCACGAAUUACCUUUUACUGGAUGACUCCACUUAUGAAACUUGGCCAUGAAAAAUAUUUAACAAUGGAUGAUUUAUGGAACUUGAAUUACAAUGAUCAAUCUCAUAGAAUAUCUCAAAAAUUUGAGCAAAUUUGGAAAAAAGAAUUAUCCAAAAAAAAUCCGUCUUUGUUAAAGGCUUGUGCAAUAACUUUUGGUGGCCCAUUUGCUUUUGCGGCGAUAUUUAAAGCAAUACAGGAUUGCUUAAACUUCGUGCAACCUUUACUUUUAAGAGAAUUGAUAAUUUUUGUCAAAAGUUAUGAUACAAAUGAUCCAUUACCUCCAUAUAGAGGUUAUUGUAUUGCAGCAUUAAUGUUUUUAACAGCUUUACUUCAGACUGUGUUUUUACAUCAAUAUUUUCAAUUAUGUUUUACAACUGGAAUGAGGGUUAGAGCUGGUCUGAUAUCUGCAAUUUAUCAAAAAUCACUUAAUCUUUCAAACAGCGCUCGUCAAAAAUCUACAGUUGGAGAAAUUGUAAACCAUAUGAGUGUGGACGCACAAAGAUUUAUGGAUCUAUGCACAUACCUACACAUAAUUUGGUCAGGUCCUUUACAAAUAUUCUUGGCCUUAUACCUCUUAUAUGAAACAAUGGGUGCUAGUAUUUUUGCCGGUGUUGGUGUUAUGUUAAUGAUGUUGCCUGUUAAUGCAUUUCUUGCUGGAAAAAUGAGAACUCUACAAAAGAAACAAAUGGUUAAUAAAGACGAAAGAAUCAGAUUAAUGAAUGAAAUACUUAAUGGAAUCAAAGUUAUUAAACUUUAUGCUUGGGAAUCCGCUUUUUUGAGAAAGAUCUUUCAUGUUAGGAAUGAUUUGGAGUUAGAAACUUUGAAAAAAUUGGGAUAUCUUAGCUCUUUACAAGUUUUUACAUGGUCAUCUACACCUUUCCUUGUUUCAUUUGCAGCAUUUGCUGUUUAUGCAUUGGUCUCAAAUCAACCAUUAACUUAUGAGGUUGUAUUUGUCGCUUUGACGUUAUUCAAUUUACUUCAAUUUCCUCUUUCCGUUUUCCCGAGCGUAAUUUCUUCUACUGUGGAAGCGUCUGUUGCUUUAAACCGCAUGGAAAAUUUUUUGAAGGCUGAUGAACUUGAUCCUAAAGCUGUAAUUCGUACCAAGCAAUUUGAUGCUUCGUCCGGAAAUAGAGUUGAAAUGGUUUCGGUAAAAAAUGGCAUUUUCAGUUGGUCAAAAGUAUUGGACCCUGUUUUAGAAAAUAUUGAUCUCAGUGUUAAAAUUGGAGAAUUGUGCGCUAUUGUUGGAAGAGUUGGCUCUGGAAAAACUUCACUAUUAUCUGCCUUGUUAGGUGAAACAGAAAAAAUAAAUGGAGAAGUAGUGGUGAGAGGAAGUGUAGCAUAUGUUCCACAAUCAGGUACAAUUUUCUUAUCUAAUGGAAAGAUUACUGAACAAGGAAAUUUUGAAUCUUUAAUGAAACAAAAAUUGGAAUUAUAUAAUUUGAUUAGCGAAUUUGAGACUCAUGAAAUUGGUAAACAAAGUCACGUUCAAAAACUGGAAGAAACCAGUCAAAGUCCUAAUGAAAGAAGAGUCAGUGUUGCAAGCAUUCACCGUCGACCAUCUCUUAUUACUGUUAGAAACAAAAAACAAGAUUUAGAAACCAAUAAAGAUGCCAUUAUUGUCAAAGAAGAAGCUGCUAAAGGAAGUGUCCAGUGGUCGGUUUAUAAAGCAUAUGCUGAAUCUUGCUCGACUCCUGCUGUAGUUUUCUAUUUGACUAUGUUGAUUAUUGCUCAAGGCGCUCAAAUCGCUGCUCGAAAGUUACAUGAAGAUAUGUUGAAUAGUGUUGUUAGAUCUCCAACAUCAUUUUUUGAUACAACUCCAUUAGGACGUAUUUUGAAUAGAUUUAGCAAAGAUCAGUACACUAUAGAUGAAGUUUUGCCAAGAACAUUUGCGGGAUAUUUUAGAACAAUAUUUUAUGUAUUGGCAACUAUUUUAGUUAUUGCAUUCUCUACACCAUUGUUUAUUAUUGUUAUUGUUCCAAUGAUAUUUGUAUAUCGGUAUAUCCAAGUUUACUAUUUAUCUACAUCAAGAGAAUUAAAAAGAUUGGAUUCAGUAACAAGAUCUCCCAUUUACGCACAUUUUCAAGAAACAUUAGGCGGCGUAACUACUAUAAGAGCUUAUCAGCAAACUGAUAGAUUUAUUGAAGAAAAUGAAAAUAGACUAGAUGAAAAUCAAAAGGCCUAUUUUCCAUCUAUAUCAUGUAAUAGAUGGUUGGCUGUUAGAUUAGAAUUUUUGGGUUCAUUGAUAAUAUUUUCCGCAUCAAUUUUAGCUGUUGUCACUUUAUUAACUACAGGAAAUAUUGAUGCAGGUCUUGUUGGAUUGUCUGUAACUUAUGCUCUUAGUGUUACUCAAGCUUUAAAUUGGGCAGUUAGACAAUUUUGUGAGAUUGAGACCAAUAUAGUAUCCGUUGAAAGAGUUAAAGAGUAUAUUGAAUUACCAAGUGAAGCACCUCUUGUUAUUCACGAUAAUAGACCUGCACCAACUUGGCCUCACAGUGGAUUAAUUGAAUAUAAUGAUUACUCGACUCGUUAUCGCGAAGGACUUGAACUAGUGUUAAAAGUUAGGAAAUCAAGUUUAACAUUAAGUUUGUUUAGAUUGAUAGAAGCUGUUGAUGGUGAAAUUAUAGUGGAUGGUGUUAACAUAUCAAAAAUUGGAUUAUAUGACUUACGUUCACGUCUUACGAUCAUUCCACAAGAUCCGAUUCUUUUUGAAGGUACCGUUGCUUUUAAUCUUGAUCCAUUUGACGCACACGAUGACGUUGAGAUUUGGCAAGUGCUUCAAAGUGCACAUUUAAAAGAUUAUAUUUUGAAGUUGGAGAAUAAGUUACAAGCCAAAGUUUUAGAAGGUGGCAAUAACUUUAGUCAAGGGCAAAGACAACUGUUAUGUUUAGCAAGAGCUUUGUUGAGGAGGUCGCCUGUUAUUGUGUUGGAUGAAGCCACUGCAAGUGUUGACGUAGAAACUGAUUACAAUAUACAAAACACCAUUCGUAGUGAAUUUAACUGGGCAACUUUAUUAUGUAUUGCUCAUAGACUAAGAACAAUUAUUGAUUACGAUAAGGUUUUGGUACUCGAUAAUUUUUACCUUUGA